CCAAACAACCACUCUCCAGACUUUGAGACCCGGUUCUUCUCAAUGCUCCUCGGCCACCAUCAUCUUUGCGGAACAGUCCCAACUGAAGUGAGAUCUCUAGUUCAAGGCAUCUCAAUACAGCAUGAUGAACCGCAGAAAUCCUGGCGGAGGCUGUGACGGCUUUUUGUCAAGGAUGAACAACAAAACGCCUACGAAGUAAGUUUCCUAGCUUUUCGAGAGGCAACAGGCAGAUAUGGCGCUCGCGAAGCCGUCGCAUAGCCAGCAUCAAUGAAGUCUAUUAAAUCAUGAGGAAGGCUUGAUUAAGAGAGUAUGACUGCCAACUUCAUUCACUGCCCCUUCAUCACUUGCAAACGGUGAAAGCAGCGAGUACCCCCAUGGCAUAGGCUGUGAAAUACUGUUACUCAACAGUGGCAAACAUCCUCACCUUUGUCAAAGGCUUGAAGCUCCUUAUUUAUUGUUAGUGGAAGAGCAAAGCUUGCUAAAUCCAUCCACGAGACUCUCUCUUGCUUCGCAAGCAAACAAUACAAACGAAGACAGAGAUCAGAUUUAUACCUCGCAGCCGGUCACCUUCCAGGUCAUCACCUACGGUUCCUCACUACCAGUAUCAAGAUGACCAGAAGCGGGAAAACACUGCGCAGCAGGCCCUCAGAGGAUCUCACCAUGGCGGACGAAGCCUUCGAUCUCCCCCGUCGGCGAAAAUCAAACGACGAUGCACAACUGGGUCUUACCAUCGAAGUCCAGCCACUACAGAAAAGCGAUUACUUCUUAUUGUCCAUCCACCCCCAACAGCGACCACAACUCGACCUCAAACGAGCCUCCUGCGACAUCGUCCUCGUCAUCGACGUCUCUGUCAGCAUGCAAGCGGCAGCGCCACAACCGGAUAUCGAGGACCCAAAUGAAAAAGAAGCAGCGGGACUCAGCGUCCUGGACUUGACCAAGCACGCCGCGCGAACUAUUGUGCAAGGUCUCAACAAGGGUGACAGACUUGGUAUUGUGACUUUCGCAGCCGAUGCAGAGAUCAUCCAUGAGCUCCUUCCCAUGACUCGGUUCCAGAAGCAAGCAGUCUUGGAUGGCAUCGAGGCAAUGCACGUUCAAAGCUGCACGAAUCUCUGGGCCGGCAUCCGCACCGGACUAGAGCUCUUCGAGAAGACGGCACACAUUGGCAAUUUCCAAGGCUUGUUCGUCCUGACCGACGGAAUGCCCAACCACAUGUGUCCGAAACAAGGCUAUGUGGCGAAGCUAGGGCCCAUACUCGCUUCCCUAGGCUGCCAAAAACCCACCGUGCCUACCAUUCACACCUUCGGUUUCGGCUACGGCAUCAAGUCAGCGCUCAUGCAGUCCAUCGCCGAAGUCGGGAACGGCAACUACUCUUUCAUUCCUGACGUCGGCAUGAUUGGCACCGUCUUCGUGCACGCAGUCGCCAACUUGUUCACCACGUUCGCAACAUCCUGCACGCUCGAAGUCAUCACGCCAACCACUGUCGAGCUCAAAGCUCUCGGUCUGAAGGACUUUGUCAUCCCAGCAGAAGGAAAGGAUGGAGACCACCGCUACGCCCUCCGACUCGGCAACAUCCAAUAUGGUCAGAGCAGAGACGUCGUCUUCACGCAUCCAGGCGGCUUUCCGGAGGACAUGCCAGUCGACGUCGCGCUCAAAUACAAGCUGUCGGACGGCAGCGACCAUACCUGUCAAUCCACCACUUUGCUUCCAACUUCCCCAGCAACAAGCCUCCGUGCAAACAUGUCAGAAUACCACCUCUUCCGGUCCGAACUCUGCGAAUUUCUAUGCACUCUCUUCCCACUCAAAGACGACGGCGAGCACACAUACAUCACCUCUGCUGAUGCGCUAUCCGAAGCAAAGGCUCUUCUUGACGUCCUCGUCGCAGCCAUAACCUCCGCCUUGCCCUCGGCCCGGACCCGUGCUCACUGCGAGGAUCCACACAUCAACUCCAUCCUAAAAGACCUUGUCGGCGAAGACCCAAACGGCCAAAUUUCCAAAGCCCUGCUCUCGGGACACAAGCAUCCCUACUGGACGAAAUGGGGGCAUCAGUACUUGCCGAGCCUGCUGCACGCGCACCAGCGCCAAUUGUGCAACACAUUCAAAGACCCCGGGCCGUUGAUGUACGGAGCGGACAGCCCCCUGUUCAUCAAGUGCCGCGAUGAGCUUGACAGCGCGUUUGACAAUCUCCCAGCUCCGACGGGAAGUCGCCCAAAGCGCGUUGUGGCGAGGUACGAUGAGCGCGGAACACGGUCCGGGACGAGAACGAUUUCGCACAGCCCGUUGAGAAACAUGAGCAGCUACAACAGCGCUGUUACUCCUUGUUUUGAGGGCGGGUCUUUGGUCAAGAUGGCGCAUGGGCACGGUGUGAAAGUCAAGGCCGUCAAGGCGGGGGAGUGGGUGUGGACGCCGAAUGGGUCGAGGAUGGUCAUGGCGGUCGUGAAGACGAGAGUCUGUCAUGGCAAGCUGUGUCGUAUUGGAGACUUGCGCGUUACGCAGUGGCAUCCUAUCAAGCAAGAUGGGCGGUGGGUGUUUCCAAGUGCUGUUGCUGAGAGGGCGGUGCCUUUCGCGGGGAGUGUGUACUCGGUCUUGCUAGCGCCGUGCGACAAUCCUGACAGCCAUGCUAUUGAGGUCGGCGGGCAGAUCUGUGUGACAUUGGGACAUGGUGUGGUUCAGGACGACGGAGGUGACGAUGUCAGAGCACAUUCUUUCUUCGGUAAUUACGGCAGAGUUGCACUGAGUCUUGCCCGGCUCAAGAUGGACAAGAAGGGGCAUUUGUUGUGUGGUGGGCUGAAGAGAGACGCUGCGAGUGGUUUGGCUUGUGGUUUCUUGGCUGCGAAGGCACGCAAUGGCAAGGCAAAGGCAUCGAGGUGGCGACUUGCUGGAAGUUGAGAGUCAAGUGCAGAGUUCAGGCUGCUCGUGCUUAGGCUCAGAUUGCUGGCCUGGGCAUUUUCGACCUGGUCAUGGGCAACGUGUUGAGAGGUCGAUGUAGUUAUGCAGAGGAAGCACUCAGAAGAGGGGCUAUUAGUCAGGCGCGGCGAAGAGCUAUCCAAUUGUCAGUGUACAGUACUUCCAAUCGAUGUUUUGUCAGGACAUGGGGGGAAAGAUAGCAACGGC